AGCAGCGGCCCAAUGCCGAGGAAGCAAAAACAAAGACAGCAAACGAUAUCUAUCAAUCUUGUUGGGAAAUCCAUCAAGAAGAAAAAGGAAAAAUGAAUCUCCAAGCUCAAUCCUUGUCAACCCACUUUCCCCUCCCAGUCUUUCCUUCAAAACCCAAAUUCCUUCCUCCAAAACGAAUCCCAUUUCUCAAAACCUCCUUCAAAUUAUGCUCGGUUUCCGCUGUUUCAGUCCCAACAACAACCCGUGCCAUCGGCAACCACAAGCCAUUUCCAGCUGAGGUUUCCAGGACCAUCAUGGAAUUGUCUUGUAUGGGGACCCUCUCCACUAUAGCCCAAGAUGGCUGGCCCUUGAGCGUUGGUGUGAAGUUUGCUGUGGAUCCUGAGGGGACCCCUGUUUUGUGCUUUGCUCAGGCUUCUAGGCUGCACUCUCUUGAUAAGCGCUCUGCCCUCCAUGUUCAGUUAGAGCAGUGUGGGUUGCGGACUCCUCAGUGCACGAUACAGGGCAGUCUUGUCAAACCAGCAGAUCCAAUGGUCUUGAGACGGCUUGACUCAACAUGGAAGAAGAGGUUUGGAGAAGAAGUGGAUGAAAACAAUCUAUAUAUUGUUGAUGUAGAAAGAGUACUUCAGAUAGAAGACUUCAACGAGGAUGGUCUAUGGGUCACUUCGUUAGCUUAUAAAAAUGCAAAUCCUGAUCCACUUCGAGACUUUGCUGACGGAAUUGUCAAUGAAAUUAAUACAAAUAACAUGGAAGAUGUCCACCGGUUUUGCAAUGUAUAUGUUGAUUUGGACUUCCAGGUAUCGGAUGCAAAGAUGAUAUGGGUUGAUCGUCUUGGCUUUGAUCUGCGGAUUUACUCUCCUCGGAAUGGUGUAUUUGAGGUUCGAAUUCCUUUUCCCCAUGAAGUGUCUGAUGAGAAAGGUGCUAAGUCAUCAUUCAAUGGUAUGUCUCAAAUUGCUUGGGAGGUGGAGAAAAAUUUCCAUGUCCCUGACUUUCAGAAGGUGAAACAAUUAAAACAAAUAACAUAAAUUGUCUCAUUGCAUGUGUAUCUUGUUUAGCUGAUGGACCUCCAUUGUUUAGAAAGUUCAAAAAGUUGCUAUUCUCAUUCAGUUUUGUAUUCGAUCUGUGCACAUCUAACCCCCUGAUGGUCGAACUAUUCUUAAGUUUUAUGUCUCCCUUAGGA